AUGACUAGGAAACGUGCAAUAGACCUUACAGGCGCAGAUGGGCUAGACAAUAAAAAGCGAAUACGACUUUUAGGCAUCAUCGACCGACUUCGAGAACUAGGCAUUAGUGAAAAUGUCUCUCUUCCUCAGCUUGUUGUAGUCGGUGAUCAAUCGAGUGGCAAGUCCUCCCUUCUAGAAGGUCUAACUGGUCUUUCGUUUCCUGUGGCCAGUGAUCUCUGCACAAGAUUUGCCACCCAAAUUGUUCUGCGGCGAGCAGCAGAGGGGGAGGGUCAAGCAAGGAUUACAAUAAUCCCAGGACCAUCUUCGCGACUCGACGAAGCUUUAAAUCAGAAGCUCCUAGCUUUUGAGAAAGGAUUAGCAGCUACAGACUUUGGAUGUCAAGAGUUCGAAGACAUCUUUGACGAGGCUGCUAGCUGUAUGGGUAUACCGGGACCUAGAACGAAGAACCUGGAAGAUGUAGAGAAAAGAUUCUCAGACGAUAUACUCAAAAUCGAGCUCUCAGGUCCAGAUCAUCGACAUCUUAGUGUUGUGGAUGUUCCGGGCCUCUUCCACAAUCCGACCAAAUUUCAAACUGAAGAAGACCGUGCAAUUAUCCGGAAGUUAAUCGAGGGUUAUAUGACUGACAAGCGUACCAUUAUCCUCGCUGUUAUGGAUGCACGUAAUAACCUUGCGAACCAAGAAGUGUUUUCCAUGGCACGUGCCGCUGAUCCAGCAGGAAAGCGGACUGUUGGAAUCGUCACCAAAUGCGAUGCUCUUCAGGUAGGAGAUGAAGCUGGUGUUUUGCGUAUCGCCAAAAAUGAAGUGGAGAGUCUCACUCACGGGUGGUUUGCCGUACGAAAUCGUUCCACUCAGGAGAUUAAAGAGGGUGUUUCCAUCGAGGGCCGACAUCAAAAGGAAAAAGAGUUCUUUUCAACAGUUCAGCCUUGGGCUGAGCUCUAA